CUACCGGAUGUCGCCGGCCUAUUGGUCUUCGCCUGAGAGUACCUUCUCAAGCGAGGAGCCAUGGAUUAUUCUCGUCUGUAUUUAUUUAUCGUCAGCUCAUAACAUGUUUGGAGGUCGGAAUUUUACUUAAGAAGAUACAUGGAGAGUUAUUGGAGUGUUCACAAUCUGCAGCGUUUCCAGUGAGGACUUAAGUGGACCAAAGGAACGUCCUAAUUCUUUGACCCUCCCUGACAUUGAAAAUACAGAAAUCAUGCUCACUCGGCUUUUUAGCAUGCAUGGGCUGUUUGUGGCCUCCCACCCCUGGGAAGUGAUCGUGGGGACCGUCACCCUCACCAUCUGCAUGAUGUCCAUGAACAUGUUUACGGGCAACGACCAGAUCUGCGGAUGGAACUAUGUCUGUCAAAAACCUGAAGAGCCGGUACUAAGCAGUGACAUCAUCAUCCUGACCAUUACCCGUUGCAUAGCCAUUGUGUACAUCUACUUUCAGUUCCAGAAUCUACGCCAACUGGGCUCAAAAUACAUUUUAGGUAUUGCAGGACUCUUCACAAUAUUCUCCAGCUUUGUGUUCAGCACGGUGGUCAUUCACUUUCUAGACAAAGAGCUCACAGGACUAAAUGAGGCGUUACCCUUUUUCUUACUGCUGAUUGACCUUUCCAAAGCAAGUGCCCUUGCCAAGUUCGCAUUGAGUUCAAACUCUCAGGAUGAAGUAAGAGAAAACAUUGCCCGUGGAAUGGCAGUCCUGGGACCCACGUUCACUCUGGAUGCCGUGGUUGAAUGCCUGGUGAUUGGCGUGGGCACUAUGUCAGGUGUGCGUCAGUUGGAGAUCAUGUGCUGUUUCGGAUGCAUGUCUGUCCUGGCCAACUACUUUGUCUUCAUGACCUUCUUCCCUGCCUGUGUGUCACUGGUGCUGGAGCUGUCCAGAGAGAGUCGGGAGGGACAUCCCAUCUGGCAGCUGAGUCACUUUGCCCGUGUCAUGGAAGAGGAGGAGGACAACAAGCCCAACCCAGUCUCACAGAGGGUGAAAAUGAUCAUGUCUCUUGGCCUGGUUAUGGUCCACGCCCACAGCCGCUGGAUUGCUGAGCCGAGUUCUGGCAACGGCACCAUAACACUACCACCUACAGGACUCCGCCUUCCAGACCACGGACCCACAAGGAUUGACCCAGAGAGGCCUCUGUGGCAAUUCUAUCUCUCAAGGAUGAUCAGUAUGGACAUUGAGCAGCUUAUCACUCUGAGCCUGGCUCUCCUCCUGGCAGUCAAAUACAUCUUCUUUGAGCAGGUGGAGACUGAGUCCACCCUGUCCCUGAAAGGUCCCAUAUCAGGCUCGUUGCGGAACCCCAAGUGGACACCUGACCAGUGCUGCCGAAAGGAGGCGAUGCCACAACCUAGAACCCCACAGAAAACCCCGAACAUACCCGUCCCCAUCACCAAGGAGGAGAGAGCUGAGGUGAUCCGCCCACUGCCCACCCCCACACCACUGGAACGCAAGAGCCUGUUUGCAGUGGGCGAGGCGGAAGACGCUGGAGAACAGAGAGAACCCGCAUCAGCUGUGCUGCAGCCCAACCCUCCCUCAGAGCCACGGCCCAUAGAUGAGUGUGUGUCCAUACUGAGGAACCCUGAGAUGGGUGCAAGGUUUCUGAGUGACGAGGAGGUGAUUGCUCUGGUGAAGUCCAAGCACAUUCCAAGCUACAAGCUGGAGAACAUCAUGGAGACCCCAGAGAGAGGCGUGGUGAUCCGCAGGAAGAUCCUCUCACCGAACCUCCCCAACCCCUCUGCCCUCACCUGCCUGCCUUACAAGGACUAUGACUACUCUCUGGUGAUGGGAACCUGUUGCGAGAAUGUGAUUGGCUACAUGCCUGUGCCGGUGGGAGUGGCAGGGCCUCUCUUCCUGGAUGGAAAGCAGUUCCAAGUCCCAAUGGCCACAACGGAGGGCUGUCUAGUGGCCAGUACCAACCGCGGAUGCAGAGCUAUCGCUCUUAGCAGCGGUGCCCACAGUCAGGUCCUGGCCGACGGGAUGACGCGAGGCCCCGUGGUGCGCCUGCCUUCGGCCUGCAUGGCUGCAGAGGUCAAGGCCUGGUUGGAGAGUGCUGAAGGCUUCAAGUACACCAAGGAGGCGUUUGACAACACCAGCAGAUUUGCUCGCCUGGAGAAGCUUCUGAUUAGCCUGGCUGGGCGAAAUCUCUAUAUCCGCUUCCAGUCCAGAACGGGAGACGCCAUGGGCAUGAACAUGAUCUCCAAGGGCACAGAGCAGGCUCUGUCCAGACUGCAGGAGCAGUUCCCUGACCUGCAGGUCCUGGCAGUCAGUGGGAACUUCUGCACUGACAAAAAACCUGCUGCUAUCAACUGGAUUGAAGGACGAGGGAAGUCUGUGGUGUGUGAAGCCACCAUCUCAGCCAAAGUAGUUAAAGAGGUUUUAAAAACCAGAACUGAGUCUUUAGUGGAUGUCAACAUCAACAAGAACCUUGUGGGCUCUGCCAUGGCUGGAAGCAUCGGGGGCUACAACGCUCACGCCGCCAACAUUGUGGCAGCCAUUUACAUCGCGUGUGGCCAGGACCCAGCUCAGACUGUGGGCAGCUCGAACUGCAUCACCCUGAUGGAGGCCACAGGCCCAACAGGGGAGGACCUGUACAUCAGCUGCACCAUGCCUUCCCUGGAGCUGGGCACAGUCGGCGGGGGCACCAACCUGGCCCCACAGCAGUCCUGUCUGAAGAUGCUUGGAGUGCAGGGAGCCAAUCAGGACAGCCCUGGGGACAAUGCCCGGCACCUGGCGCAAGUGGUGUGUGCCACCGUGUUGGCAGGGGAGCUUUCACUAAUGUCGGCCCUGGCCGCUGGGCACCUGGUCAAGAGCCACAUGGCUCACAACAGAUCAAAGGCAAAUCUGCAGGAUACUGCAGGGACGUGCACAAAGGGAGCAUCCUGAAGAGGCAGAGUGGGCAGGAUACCGUCUGUGGUCUCUGACCCCCCCCCGCAGACUCUAUACAGUGGGGGGGGGGGGUACAUCAUUUCAACUCUAGUCCUGUGUGGAAAGUAUUGUGACGGAGGAGGAUCUUUCUGGAAAGUUGAAUGGACUGUGGGACCUCACAGACUCUCAGCUCCAUAAAAGAGACAGAGGAUAACAACAAUCAUGUUUUAAUUGUGCUCCUGUCUUUAAUGGCAGAUGUAAAAACACAUUUUUGUUAUUAAUUUCUUUUAAUUUGCAAAAUUGCAGGUUGAGGUCUAAUUUCUCUGCUGUGCAGUUACUAGGACUGGUUAGUACCCUAGAGAGGAGUUAAAAAAGCAAUGAUCCCCGUAGUACAGUGUGCUAGUUCUGUUUUCAAAGAUGCAACCAUUAUGAAACAUGGGAGUGCUAAUUCAAUACACUUGAACUUGCCAAAUACAGCCUUCUGGGCAUAGUCUGUCAGAAUGUGCUUACAUGCUGCAUGUUCUCACUGGACAUGAAAUGAUUGAAGGUAUUAAGUACGGUUCUGUUUUUCUGUCCAUUUUGUUAAUAAGAGGAAUAAAUUUGAGUGCAAGUGCACAAAUAUUUCACAACGGUGCUAUAUAACCAGGUGUGAAUGGAGCCAGGUGCUUUCUCUCCUGUCUCUAUUGUACUACCUAUGGCAAGUUGAAUGAAAGCCCUACCUCCUGCUUGGAUAAGGUGAUCCAGCUGUUCCUCUGCUUGUAAUUUAAUCUAACUGCACAAUAAGCACAGCACCUUCACGUGUCUGUGACGGAUGCACCAAGAAGGUACAUACUCUGCUGAUUGUCAUGUGUGUGAAUGCUGCACCUCCUGUGUGUGUGUGUGUGUGCGUGCGUGUGUGUGUGUGUGUGCGUGUGUGUGUGUGUGCUUACCCAGUGACUGACAGAGGUGAUUGUGGAGAAAGCAGAACUUUCUCCACCAAAGCUAUAUUUCUCUGAAAAUGGUAGAACAAAAAAGUUAACAGAAUGUUUUCUUUUUGUAUAUUUUUGUAAUAAAUAAAGGGAAUUUUGAAUUAUU